GCUGAUUUGGAGAAUAUCAUCUCAACCACAAUCUACAGUGUUAGAGUCUAUAUUGUAGCAAUAUGGACACUGCAGUCACUGCUGACAUCCCACUUACCCAAACAUUUCACUACCAUUCCACUACUCACAGAUACGCUGUGCGUUGGACCGCAUUGGGUGAUGCUUCCCGGCCACCUUUGAUCUUCGUGCAUGGCACCCCGUGGUCUUCGCGGGUUUGGCAUGUCUUUGCUCGUUCCCUGGCUAGAUAUUUCCAUGUCUAUCUCUUCGACAACCCGGGAUUCGGCGAGAGUCCACUGGGUAUCCCUCUCUCAGGGAAAGAGGCACUAAUCAGUAACGAAGUCGCCCUAGAUGGAGACCUCGCUCAGCAGUCGGAGGUGUUUGCUGCUCUUUACAAAACCUGGUCCAAGGAUUGGCCUCGGGUUUAUGAUAAGGCACAUGUUGUCGCCCACGAUCAUGGGGGACUGAUGAGUUUACGGGCGCACCUUAUCCAUUCUUGCGCAUUUGCCAGUUUGUGUCUGAUCGAUGUGGUUGCUUUGGGGCCAUUCGGGCAACCUUUGUUCAAAUCAGUGGCGGAAAAUGAAGAGGCCUUUACCAGUUUGACCGGUCCGAUGUUCGAAGGAAUGGUCGAGGCAUAUAUCCGGAAUGCAGCAUUUACAGAGUUGAGCAAGGAAACGAUGGACAUGUUGAAGCGCCCGUGGAUCAUCAACGAGGAAGGCCGGAAAGGCUUCAUUAGACAAAUGGCGCAAGCCAACAGUCGCAGUACAGAGGCAGUCGAGGGGAGAUACUCCGAAGUGGGCCAGGUGAUGCCAGUCAGAAUUAUCUGGGGGACAGAAGACCAAUGGAUCCCGGUGGAGACGGCAGAGAGACUGAGAACGAAGUUGAAUGCCAGAGAGGUGGUGCUCAUCGAAGGAGCCGGUCAUCUCGUCAUGUAUGAUCAGGAGGGGAGAUUAGGAGUGGAACUGGGAUGGUGGUUGAGUAAAGUCAGCCACGACCGGGAGUAAGGAGGUAUAUACCUCACUGUGUACAGAUUACUAGUAGUUAUGUACUACUCAACAUAAUGCCUGAUGUAAAUACAAUGGCUGGUGUUCAGCAAACACAACAAACACUGGCCCAUCAUGUGACGUGAUCGCCAGCUGCUGGGCAUCUCCACUUGGUCUCCCCCACUCUUUCUGAGAAUCCACGGCUCCUCA